AUGAGGCGGAGCAUAGGCUGUACGGCUCACCCUGGGAAUGACCAGACGGGCACGUUGGGGGCUAAGCCGAAAGUUGACGAUGUCAAGCCGCAUUGGAAAUGUCAGGGUGGCAAAAUGACGAGGAAGGCCUGGGGAAAGGGGGCAGUGGCAUCGGUGCUUCUUUAUGUUCUGAAAUAUCCAAUAUUUGUUGAACUCGGCGUCAUCUUACUCACGGGAAGCCCACAAGCGGGAGAGUCCGCCCGCAAAAGCAACGGCAGUUCGCCAACCUGCAGAAACAUCCCCUCGAGUUCGACUAUUCCUCAUAACCAGCGGGUCUCUUCAUCUCAGCAAGAAUGCGCCGUUGCACAACGAUUGGCGAAACUCUGCUGCGCUGGAAACAUGGGCGUUUUCCAGCUUCCGCCGAGCUCUCUGGUCAGCCGACUGGGAGGGGGUACAACACUCCCUGGGAAGACACUGAGACAGCUUGCCUGCGUUUUGCAUCAAUUGCUGACAACGGACAUGGAUCAACCUUGGGUAAUGGCGCUGGCUGUUGACACAAUGGAUAUGAAGGGCCUUCGACAGUUUAUGCCUACGGACACGGAGCACGGAUGGCACCCAGCACUCUCCACAUCACCUACGAGCCCUGGGAGCCUGUGGGAGUGGGCGUUCUGCUACAUGGGAAUGCUGCGCUGCCCCGCUCACACAUUGCUUUUCCCCCGCGUCCCCCGGCUGGCCAGCAUGUCUUGCAGAAAGACUCGCAGUCAGCAUUCGCAGAUGAGCUACAUCACUGCAUUCAGCCAUGAAGGUUCUUGCAGAAGCUUCUUGCAGAAUCCCGAAAAGGCGUUCGCGGUUCUCGAGCUUUGCUACCUAUGGUCGUGCUGUGAGCUGGAAGAUCUGGGCUUUCUCAUUGGUUGGGUAGGCGCCCCGCGAUACUUCAUCAACAUCAUCGUCAUCAUCAUCAUCAGCAGCAGCAGCAGUAGGCUGUGUCCCGACCUGGAGGUCUGGCUUUACCUCGAUGCCAUUCAGCCUACUUCUUACCCUUUCUUUAGACAGAAUUUUCAUACAGUACUUGAACGCAGAGUUAUCGCGGGCCGGGGAGGAAAUGACAUUGUCAUCAAUCGAAUGGCUUUGGGUUCCCGAGCUUCGGUUGCCAACGGUACACAAGCACACAAGCUCACGUCAUGA